AUGGCUUCAUUAAAAGUGUAUUCAGUAGGUAGGCUAGUGAAAUACGUCACGGACUCUAGUCUUAGGACGUUUCGAGGAAAUAUUUACAGAUCAACAGUUCGUGGGUACAGCACUGAAGAGAAGGCGGCAGAGGAUGCCUCGGGCGACAAGCAGCUGCCAACAAAUUUGGAGGAGUGCCACAAGCAGAUUGAGAGCCUCAGUACAGAAGUCUCAACACUCAAACAACAAGUCAAAGAUUAUGAAGAUAAAUACAAGCGUGCACUAGCAGAUGGAGAGAAUGUGCGAAGGCGAAUGAUGAAGCAAGUUGAGGAUGCCAAGUCUUUCGCAAUACAAAGCUUCUGCAAAGAUCUCCUAGACGUGGCAGAUACUUUAGCGGCAGCGGCGGAGAGCGUUCCCGAGAGGGCGGAGGCGUCAGCCGAGGGGGCUGCGGCGGCUCUACGCUCCCUCCAUGACGGCGUGCGCCUCACUCGCGCUCAGCUCGAACAGGUGUUCUCCCGCCACGGUUUGGUUGCAGUGUCACCGUUGAGGGAGAAGUUCGAUCCCAACCUUCAUGAAGCCUUGUUCCAGCAGGAAGUGGAGGGCUGCGAGCCGGGCACGGUCGUGGCGGUGAGCAAGGUCGGCUACAAGCUGCACGAGAGAUGUGUACGCCCCGCCCUGGUGGGUGUCUCCAAGGGG